AUGGCUGACGUAGGUGAGGAUAAGGGUAAGAAGCCCAAGGCUAAGAAAAGUUCAAAGAAGAACUCCAACUUCAUCAUCAUCGUCCAUCCCUCCACCAUCUUGCUCUUCCCAAACUUUAUGAGUCCCAACCCAAAUGAGGUGGACAACUAUCCUCUUGCUAUGGAAUGGAUUUUGGAACCCUUGAGCGCAAGUGCAAAAAAGUUUAAAGAUAGAGCCUUCGAAACCCGCAUCAAAGACAAUAUGACCAUUGCUGGCAUCUCUAAACUGAUGAUCGGCUCACCCCUCACAACCCCCGAGGAACUUUCCAAUUCUUUUCUGCAUUAG